AUGGCCGAUUAUACUCAGUAUGACAGUUUCCUUGGAUCGCACGCCGAGGUCAAAGCCUCCAACCACGAAGACAAAGUCGGGGCCAUGUGGUCCGUAAUCCUCGCAGCCACUUUUCCAGUGGCAGAAGGCUAUGUCAACGGGUUUCAGUACAAAGUCGAUGGAGGGUCUACAGAUAUUACCACAAUGCGCUGGCAGCGCAAUUCAGAUGGCAAACUCUACAAGCGAAAAUACCUUGUCACAGAGACAAAAAAGGCCCACAACCCAACCCAGCCACGCCAUUGGCGUGACGGGGAGAGGCAGUUGAAGAACUACCUCGAAGAAUGCUACAGGGAAGAAGAGGAGGGCGGGGGCAGCACACACGUACUAUAUGGCAUAGUAGCCAUAGGCCGAUGGGCGAAUUUUUAUUUCUAUGAAAAACAGUCCGGGGAACUGGCGCACAUGGAGGGUGAAGAGGGCCCAUUUCACGUCAAGAACAAUUCGGAUACUGUUAUAGCACGCCUGGAACAUAUCAAGGGAGACCAUCAGCAGUGA